CUUACUGGAAGGCCCGCCCUAAGUUUGUGAAGUUCAGCCCACUUCCCCGUAUUCAUUUUCGGAACAUAGGAAUGUAGUACCAUCCCACAAUCAGUUGGUUCUCCGUUUCCGUCAGAAGAGCUGCUUUGAAAAUGGCGAAAAUAAACCCAUGUUUUCGGAGGAUUUUCGUUUUCUUUAACGUCCUUUUUGCGAUAUUUGGGGCUGUGGUUUUGGGCCUGGGCUUGUUGGUACAUCUCCAGCUGGAUGAGCAUGAAAGCAAGUUGUCUGCAGUCGUCGUCCUGGUUGUUUUCGGAGCCGUCACCUUCAUCCUUGCUGUUCUGGGAGCUUAUGGCGCUCAGAAAGAGAACAAGAAUGUCCUGAUCGCGUUUUUCGUCUUCAUGUGUGUGGGGACAAUUGCUCUUCUGCGCAUGGCUAUUGUAAUGGCGAUCUCACGUCCAGAGGUGACGUCAGUGAUGAAGCAAGAACUUAACAAGGCUGUACCUCUGGAUGCAGCCAGUGAAGAUGUCAAGAACGCUAUGGAUUAUAUUCAGAAGCAGGUCAAGUGUUGCGGACUCUUUAAUGGCUACCAGGACUGGGGAAACCAAGUUCCUGAAUCAUGUGACUGUGGAAGUGAUGAGGCCGAUCAGUGUCAGAAGAUGACCCCCAGAAACACUUACCUGAAGAUAUUUGAGGUGAGGAGCAGGAUGGUCUACUCACAGCCGUGUGGCUUCAUGAUGCUGCAAUAUAUCAGUCUGGUGUUUGACGUCACCUUGGGUGUGCUCUUUGGCUUUGCAACUUUGGCUCUUUUGGGAGGAGUGAUGUCACUCGCAAUGAUUAUCUGUAUCACUGCUAUUCCCCGUCCCAAGUGUAUCAGCAGUCCGCCAAUCUUCUCUGUCAGCCCUCAUCCACCAAAGUACUCUGAGCUCAUCCAGUCUGCCUAGUAAGAGCACUUUGCUCUCAGAGUCUCAUUUGCUUAAACAUUUAGCCCAAAGAGCUUUGCUGGCUGCUCAUAUGGAUGAUACAGAUUUGAUAAAUUGCACUUAUCUCUGACAUUAGCGCUUUUUAUUUGUUCAUUUUUCAUUUUCAGCAUUUUGUUUGCUCUACUGAAAAGCGUUGUAAGCCAGGCUAAUAAAUCAACUUGCAUUUCUUUGUUCUGAAACAUUUUCUUGAAAAGGGGAUUUUUUUUUUUAGUUUAAAGCUUUACCUUUAUUGAAAACGGAUCUCUGAAUAGGGUUUUGGGCCAAUUUUAUAUAUAUAUAUAUAUAUUUUUUUUUUUCUGCUGUUGUACUGUUUGUAAAUGACCUUCUACUCAAGUGCAGUGGCCACCAACCCUGCUUCCUGCCUCCUGAGUUACAAGAUAGAAUAUGAAUGUAUUUCCUGCAGUGACCUUUUUAUAUAUAUAUAUAUAUAUAUUUACUAUAAGAGGAUGUGACUGUAAUAAAUAACUUGAGUGUUUCCUACAAUAAAUCUGACUAUAACCAUAA